AUGGGGCCCGAGGGUUGCAGCGUCGGCGCGCUGUUCCUCUGCGCCGCGUUCAUUGACUCGCUGUUCGAGACGAAGGCUUUGACGGGCGCGGCGCAAUUCAUGACCAACAUGGGCAUGGAUUCUAGCAAGCGCUUGCCACAUUCCCGUUAUCUGGCCCAAGGGAUCCGGGAGCUGCCGCGGCCGCGGCCGAUGUCGGUCAACCUGCAGGACGGCAGCGCCGAUGCCGGAGUGGACUCGGACACCCCCGCGGCGAGGUCUUUCUGCGGCCUGCGCACCUCGUGGUCCGUGCAGCACCCCGCGACCUCCGACAUCCUGGGGAUACCCUCCACCAAGAACCACACCGCGACGCCCGUGGGCGGCGAGGUCUACGUCUUCGGGGGCUACGACGGCCAGAAGAACCACAACGAGCUGUACGUCUUCGGCCUCGCGUCGAUGGAGUGGAGGCAGCCGCAGGUCGGGGGCGCGAAGCCCAGCGGCAGGAACGGCCACUCCGCCACGCUGCUCCAAGGCGGAUCGAGCAUCCUGAUCCUGGGCGGCUGGCUGGGCAACGGCCCGCUCGCGGCAGGCGACGUCCACAUGCUGGACCUCUGCCCGCUGAGCUGGGCGAGGCCGCGGCUCUCUGGGGAGCCCCCAGGGCCCUGCAACAUGCACACGGCGGACAUCAUAGGCCGGAACCUCCUCGUCUUCAGGGGCGGGGACGGCCGGGCGUACCUCAACGACCUGCACGGGCUGGACCUGGACACAAGCACCUGGUACUCGGUGAAGACGAGCGGGGAGAGGCCGCCGCCGCGGGCGAACCACGCGUCGGCCGUGGACGGCUUCCGGCUCUACAUCUUCGGGGGCUGGGAUGGCACGAAGCGGCUGAACGACCUCUACGUUCUGGACGCCGGCGGCGCGCCGAAGCCGCCAUGGAGCAGAAAAGGGAGCGCGCCACAGGCGAGGGCGGGGAUGACCCUGUCCGUCGUGCGGGAUUACCUGUACCUCUUCGGCGGCUCCGGGCACACCACGCGUUGCUUCAACGACGUGCACGUGUACGACCCGAAUGAGCGGGCCUGGUUCCUCUGCGGGGGUAUUGCCAACGAGCCCGCGGCGCCAGAGCGCCGGGCGGGCCACGUGGCCGUGGUGGUCGACCGGCGGCUCUUCAUCAGCGGCGGCGCCUGCGGCGCGCAGUACUACGGGAAGGGGAAAUGGUUCAUCCUUGACACCGACGCGCCGCCAGCCAUGGAGCUCGCCACGCCGCCCCUGUGUGCCGAGUCGGUGCGGAGGGUGAUGAGCGAUCACUUGAAUAACCAGCAGUUCUCGGACGUCGUCUUCGUGGUCGAGGGCCGCCGCCUGUACGCGCACCGCGUCCUGCUGACACUGUUCUCGGACUACUUCCGUCGCGCUUUCGCGUGCGGCAUGCGGGAGACGUUCGAGCCAGAGAUCGUCAUCGAGGGCAUAUCGCACGAGACCUUCCGGGUCCUCCUCCUCCUCUUCUUCCUCUGA